CCAAAUUGCCAUGCUGCACAAAGCCUCCGCCUAAAGAACCGCCUUGCAUUCCUGAACCACCAUGUUAUCCCAUGUGCCCACCUCCACCACCUCCUCCAAAGAAGGAUCCGUGCCCACCAUUUGUGUGCCCACUCAAGUGCAAGGAUAAGAAAGAAAAAUGCACUAUUGAGCUCUGUGAUGAGAGUGGGAAGCGACCUUGUUACACUUUUCAAUGCAUCAAGGACAAAACUGCUUCUAAGCCUUGUGCAGCGGAUCCUAAUUGUCCAGACGAAAUCACUCUGGAGUGCAAAAUGGAAGACGGGUCAAGCAAGUGUGUGCAGUACGUGUGCAAAGAUAAAGUGAAGGAUCUCAUUUGUGACGACAAACCUGAGAAGAUAUUCAAAUGUUUUGAGGAAUGCGCAGAGGCAUGCGCAGCUCAAAUGAACGACUACGAACGCGGCCGACAAGACAUGCUCAAGGAGAUCUCCAAGUGCACCAAGGUCUGCAUCCCGAAACCCUUGCCCAGUUGCGAA